AUGCCAACGGAAAUCCUUGACCUGAUCUUCCGUGUUGUCAUCGCAGAACUGCAUACGUUACAACUUGAGUACACGGUCGGGGUGCUGAGGAACUGGGCUGUGUUGCUCGGCUGGGGCUCUAAUAAGAUCCGGAUCAUUUGGGACCCUCCAUGGAUUCCAGACCUGAGACUCGUCUCUAAGCGUGUCAAGGAAGUCGUCGAUCCAAUGCUUGCGGAAAUCCUCGCCGUGCCAGAGCUCUAUUCUAUCGACCGACCCGAGACUGCCGGCCACUCGAAGUCCACUAUAGUCCACUGUCAUUUGCAGCGAUGUCUAGAUGCAGCGAACUGA